GAGAAGCCAAUCAGCGGCACCGCGGUUCCGGGGUAUAAAGUUUCCGCACCGGCCUCCUGAGACUCACAUUUGUCCCCAGACCCCGAGGAUGCGGUUCGUGAUGUCCGGAACUCUGCUCCUGCUGCUGUUGGGGGCCCUGGCCGUGACCCAGACCUGGGCGGGCUCCCACUCCCUGAGGUAUUUCUACACCGCGGUGUCCCGGCCCGGCCUCGGGGAGCCCCGCUUCAUCGCCGUGGGCUACGUGGACGACACGCAGUUCGUGCGGUUCGACAGCGACGCCCCGAAUCCCAGGGAAGAGCCGCGGGCGCCGUGGGUGGAGCAGGAGGGGUCCGAGUAUUGGGACCGGAACACCCGGAUUUACUUGGACACCGCACAGAUUUCCCGAGUGGACCUGAACACGAUGCUCCGCUACUACAACCAGAGCGGUUCCGGGUCGCACAACAUCCAGUGGAUGUAUGGCUGUGACGUGGGCCCAGACCGGCGCUUCCUCCGCGGGUACAGUCAGGACUCCUACGACGGCAAGGAUUACAUCUCCCUGAACGAGGACCUGCGCUCCUGGACCGCAGCGGACACCGCGGCGCAGAUCACCCGCCGCAAGUGGGAGGAGGCCAGUGUGGCGGAGCAGGAGAGGAACUACCUGGAGGGCACGUGCGUGGAGUGGCUCGCCAAAUACCUGGACAUGGGGAAGGAGACGCUGCUGCGCGCAGAAUCUCCCAACACACGCGUGACCCGCCACCCCAUCUCUGACCGUGAGGUGACCCUGAGGUGCUGGGCCCUGGGCUUCUACCCUGCGGAGAUCACCCUGACCUGGCAGCGUGAUGGGCAGGACCACACCCAGGACACAGAGUUUGUGGAGACCAGGCCUGCGGGAGAUGGGACCUUCCAGAAGUGGGCAGCUGUGGUGGUGCCUUCUGGAGAGGAGCAGAGAUACACGUGCCAUGUGCAGCACGAGGGACUGCCCAAGCCCAUCACCCUGAGAUGGGAGCCAUCCUCUCUGCCCUCCAUCCCCAUCCUGGGCAUCAUUGCUGGUGUGGUUGUCCUUGUGGUCAUUGUGGUGGUUGGAGCUGUGAUCUGGAGGAAGAAGUUCUCAGGAGGAAAGGGACCAAGCUAUUCUCACGCUGCACGCGAUGACAGUACUCAGGGCUCUGAUUCGUCUGUAAUGGCUCCUAAAGAACCUUGUCUCACCAGGACCAUGACUACAGGGACAUGGACGUCAUCUGUCACCAGGACCUUGUGGAGCAACAGCUUCCUGUGACUGGGUCAGCCCAGGCUCCAUCCUGGGUCGUGACCUCAGCCCCAUCUUUGGGUGUUUUUCCCCCAUUGUUCCUAUGGAGCAUCAGGCCUGUUCUUGCUCUUGUGUCCAAGUUCCUGUCUCAUUCUCCCUGGGUGACCCCAGUGGCUGCAGCACCAGGAGUUCUUUGGACUCUCGUUCUCACAGGCCUUGGUGGCCCCUGCACACAGAAGUCUCUGGGGUUUGGAGAGGUGAAUUUUCAGAUUGAUCCAUCUCCUCCGUCUCGAGCUGUCUUCUGGAUUAUUCUUUAGAUUCUGGAGGUUGAGAGGAAACUGGGAGUUUCUCAUCCUUCUUCAACUUAAUUUACUUUCUACCUCCCUGUCUCUCUGCCCCCUCUCCGUGCCCUUAGUGAUGCUGGUUCUUGCUCCCAUCCAAGUUCAUGGAUGUAUAAAGAAGGGUCUAAUGUAGAUUUCUAUUUGAUUGGAGAAAGGGCCCCAUGGAGCCUACAUACAGUGAUUCUGAAGAUAGGACUGUAACUGUAUGCUGUGCUGUGCAGGGGAAAUGCUGUGGGAGGGGGGGAGCUGAGCAGAGAGAGGAAGGGGGGAGCAGCCCUGAGGGAAAGUAGAAGCGGCACUGAUGGUGAGGUGGAGGUACUUUAUGCGGGAGCUGCCAGGGACCGACUGUGCCUGAGGCUCAUCCAGAAGACAUAGGUCCUCUCCGCUGACCAAUCGUUCCACUGAUAAUCUCGUGUGCCACGUGCAGGACCUGCUAUUUUUUUCAUCUAGGACACCUCAGUAAUUAAGAAGAGGCAAACAUGCUGGUCUUGUGGAGAAUAUGUCCUAGGGACAGACUCCACUUGACCCUGGAACAAUGUGGGGACUGAGGGCAAUCACCCCAUUGAGCAGUCAGAAAUCCAAGUAUAACUAUUGACUCCACUAAUAAUGGACGGUUCAUAAGAAGCCUUACUGAAAAGAGGAAUAGUCAUUUAACACAUAUUUUGUACGUUACAUGUAUAUGUAACAUGUAUUCUUACAAUAAAAUAGGCUGGAGAAAAUAGUAAGAACACAUAAGAGAAAGUGCAUUGACAGCACUUUUGUAAAAAAGUCCACAUAUCGGUGGAUGUCCCCAGUUCAAACCAGUGUAAUUCAGAGUCAACUGUAUAUUGUUAUAAAUGUGGUAAAUAAGGGAAGUGUUUAAAUUGGAAAUUGGUAGGUGCUUUGAGGAAGUUGACCCAGAGAGUUACCUGUGGGGGGACAGGGAAGGUGGCUACUUUACUACGGUGGUAAGUGUGAGCCUCACUGGGAAGCUGACCUCUGAGAGAUGUGUGGGACACAAGGAGUUGUUGAAGAGCACGUCUCAGAGAGUUCUUUCCAGGCAGGGGAACCUCCAGGCACACGCACUAGGGCAGGAACGUGUCCUUGUUCAAGGAAGGGUGAGAGGCCACUGUGGCUGGAGCAGAGAGCAUGUGAAAUGCGGUCAGAUGUCUAGACUUUAGGAUUAGAAGGCUUUUGAGUUUUCUCUGAGUGACAUGUGGAGUCACUAGAUGGUUUAGAUCAGAUGGUUCACGUCGUACUACUUGUCUUAGCAGCAUGUUUGCUGCUGUGCAGAAUCAGGAGGUGAAGGGCGGGAGACCAGUAAGGAGACUGUAGGAAGCCAGUGCAGUUUCCAGGAGGGGGGAAUGUUGAAUUUAUUUUGGGGUUUGAGGAGAGAAAAUAACAGGAAGUGACUGUACUCUUGUUAUUUUGAGUGUGUGUGUGUGUGUGUGUGUGUGUGUGUGUGUUCUGGAUACAUUUAAAGAUGAACUUUGCAUCAUGUCCUAAUGUAUUACUUCUGGGUUGUGAGAAGGAGGAAUCGAGGACAGCAUCCAAUACUUCAGACUGCAAGAAGAAAGGGGGGGUGUCUUCCAAUGAGACAGGGAAGAUUUUGGAAGUAGGACAUUCGGGGAAGUUGCAUCACAAGCACCCAAUUUAGGAAUGUCGAAUCUGAGAUUAUUAGAAAAGCAAGCAAAGAUCCAGCUGGAUAUAGAGUGCAGGGUGGGAAAAUAUCUAGGUUGGAGGAAUAGAUAUGGAGGUGACACCAAAUAAAUGAUGUUUAGAGCCUUCAGCAUAGAUGAGGUCACCAAGGGAUGAUGGCCAUAGAAGAGAAAGGAACAGGACCAAACCCUGGACCCCUCAGUGCUAAGCAAGCUGAUCAGAGCACACGCACAUACUGAACAGUUCUGGUUCUGCACUUGGAAGGCACACACUCCAGGGACACCCAGCCUUCAGUGUCCACUGGAAUUUCCUGGACUUAGGAAGAGCUAGACAACCUGGAGUAGAGCAUGAGAUUCUGGGUUUAUAACAAGUUUGGUGCUGCUUCUGGUCUUCAGAUCACACACUGAGCAGCAAGCACAUAAAGCAGGAUCCCACGUGGCUGUGCCUCAGCCUCUUCUGUGGGGCUUAUUAAGUAGUGAUUCCUGGGUCCACGCCCAACACUCUAACAGGGUAUGUGGAGAGAGGCCUGAGUGUUUUGUAAUGAACCCAAAAGCAAUCCUGGGGUUCCACCAGAUAGAGUUGCAGUGAAGUCACUGAUGAGAGCCCUCAUUGUGGGAAGGGGUCUUACAUCCACAUUUAAAUGUUGUUGUUUUUUCUAGGAAGAAAAAUGCAAGACCUGCUGGGAGAUACAUAUUUUCUCUCCCAGGGGGCAGAGCCGGGUGGCAGAUUUAGAAUGUGGUUAUCAGCUCAACAUAAAAUCUCUGAAAUAACAAGAGCGUAGAUCUUAAAUGUUUUCCCCACACAAAAGGAAAUGGUAACUAUGUGACACGGUGCAGGUCUUAGCUAUGGUUGUAAGCAUUUUGCAGCAUAGAAACGUAUCAAAUCAAGAGAUUGUAGCCUUAAACUGACACAAUGGUGUAUACCAGUUAUAUCUCAGCAAAACUGGUGAAAAAAAGUCUGAAAUCAUGCUCUCUAACGCUACUCCCUACAUCGACUUCUGCCUCUUUGUGUUACAUGUGCACAGUUACAGAGACUGGGAUGAGAGAAAGAGAAUGUGGGGCCUUGUUCUAUUUCAAGGAAAGUCACAAACCAGGCUUGAGUCUACACAGACAGGAACAGAACCCACAAUGGACCCGAGGGGGAGGCUCACAUAUAGCCAGGGCCCUGCUGCUGGGUAAAGGUGCCACCCUCACAACAGAGUCCCCUGACAUAGGACGCUGGAUCCGGAGGCUGAGACUGCUGUUGCUGCUGCCCCUUGCAACUAACUGCAUGACACCACUGUCACUCAAACACCUGUGCCAAAUGCCAUGUAGUGCGGUCUCAGCCUAUCUGUCCCAUGUCCUGAGAGAGAGUCUGGCAGGUGGUCACGUGACUGUGAAAUUUUAUGCCACAUCCAAUGGAAAACAUCCAAAGGCUGUUUGGCAAAAUGGGUUCUCGUCUCCAUGGUCUCUGCCCUCCAUCAGGAUUUUUAAACGUGGAAAUCUUUUAUGUGGGAAGAGGGUAUUAGUUCUGGGCAUGGCAACUGGGGACCAGGAAUGGAAAAAGAAUGACAAAUUGCAAUAUUUGGAACAGUGAUUUGAGACUACAACUUGAUAUGAUACAUUGUAAGCACUCAGGUCAGAUUAGAGGAAGGAGUGACUAAAAAAUGGCAUCUUUCAACUUUUCCCCUUGAUAGUUGUUAUGGGGUCCAGCUUUUGUCUACUCCAGUUCUACUCACAAGUAAGUAGAGUAGCACUUUCGGGUGAUGAAGUGAAUGUUCAAAAUGUCUUCUGCAGCCUUUGUCUCUUCCUAGGAUUACGUUACCCAGAUCUGUAACACUUCAGAUGAUCCUUAUAUAUACACUGACACUUCAUAUUUCUUUGUACAUGCCUGUAUUUCUGGGCAGAGUAUCCAAAAUUUACCAGGUUUUAUGUGACCCUCACAAAAGCCUGCAAAAUCAUUCCAGGUUAGACAUUGUGCUCCUCCACUUCUGGUCCACGAACAGCUAGUAAUCAAACUGUUUUUAGCAGAUCCAAUGACGAUAUACAGGCUUAUUUUUGUCUUGAUUGCCAGUCUGAGACAAGAUAAGGUCUCACUUUCAUUUCUGUCUCUAUCUGUUUGUGGGCUGAUGCACAUUCACAGACCAGCACUGGCUCACACAAGACACAGAUCACCACUGGUUUAGGUAGACUUGUAUUCUACCACCUCCUCUGGUGCUGGAUAAAUCUCAGAAAUGAAACAAUUGUGAAUGGGGAUCCUCUUCCAGUAACACAGUAGACUAAGUUUUAAAGCUGCCUCUUCUAGAAAAAUCUACAUUUUACCUGUGUGUCAAAAAAUGUACACAAAGAAUUGCACAAAGAAAAAGAGAAAUUGUAGCAUGAAAUGUAAAGUACAAACGGGAAUAGACUGUGAUUGAGCAACUUUAGAGAGAAUAGGUAGUAAAAAGAACGUGAUAAAACUUCAAUAUUGCACUCAUAGGACACAAAAUAUAACAUGACCAUGAUAUGAUGUAAAUAUAUAAACAUAUGUUAUGUGAAUGAAUAUUAUGUAUGUGACAUAAAGAAAAAAUGCUAGUAAAGAGAGACAGCAACAUUCUAUAGUGACAAAAGGGUCAAACUAUCAGAAGGAUGAAACAAUUCUGAAUAUAUUGUCACCUCAGCGCCAAAUACAUGAAAACAAAACAGACAGAAAUUAAGAAACAGGUAAUACAACUGUAAUAGUCAGAAACAAUAUAUCACUUUCCAUAAUGGAUAGAACAUCUAUGCAGAGAUCAAUAAACAUAAAGAAGGCUUGAGCCGUACUGUAAACCAAUAGCACAAAUCUGACAUUUAUUGAACAUUCCAGCCAUCAACACAAUACACAUUCUUUUCAAAUGCACGUGGAGAUUUGUUGAGGAUAAAUCAUAUAUAUUCUAUUAUAUAUGUGUGUGUGUGAGUGUGUGUGUGUGUGUGUGUGUGUGUGUGUGUGUCUGUAUACCACCUCUUCUUUAUCCAUUCAUCAGUCGAUGGACAUUCAAGCUCUCUCCAUCGUUUACCUCUUGUUGAUAAUGCUGCUAUAAAUAUUGGGGGGCAUGUACCCCUACAAAUACGUAUUUUUUACCCUUUGCAUAAAUACCUGGUAGUGCAAUUGCUGGAUCAUAGAGUAUUUCUAUUAUUAGUUUUCUGAGGAAUCUCCACACUAUUCUCCAGAGUGGCUACACCAGUUUACAUU